AUGAUUCACCUCCUCCUUGUUUCUCUCCUUUUGCUAGACUGCCUCCAGCAAGGGAGCAUGAGGAAGGAAUUACCUGGAGUUGAGCACUACGACGUCGUCUACCCACGGAAGCUGCACACAGCGCAGAAAAGAGCUGCAGAAAGAACCAGAGAGACAGAAUAUGAGGACACAAGGAAGUAUGGAAUCACAGCCAACGGAGAGGAAGUCAUCCUGCACCUCCAGAAAAAUAAGCAUCUCUUAGCUACAGACUACACUGAGACAGUUUACUCUGAUGAUGGGCAACAGAUAACUACAAGUCCUCAGAUCAAGGAUCACUGUUACUAUGAAGGCCACAUCCAGGAUGAUGCUGAUUCCAUAGCAAGCAUCAGUGCUUGCAAAGGUCUAAGUGGCUACUUUGAGACCCGUGGCCAGAAGUACCUCAUUGAACCCUUGGGGGCUUCAGACACAGAGGAGCAUGCAGUCUACAAGUAUGAGAAGCUUGAGCAGAAGUCCAUAAAAACCUGUGGCCUGAUCAACAACACCUGGGAGGGGGAUUCAGCUGACCCCAUCAAUGACAUCUUCAAAUCCAGCAACAGCCCAGAGAUAAAAGCAUACCUGAAAUCCAAAAAGUACCUGGAAGUUUACAUAGUUGCAGACAACACUUUGUACAAGAAGUAUGAUCAAGAUGUCUCAACUGUGAGGCAAAGGAUAUUUGGAAUAGUCAAUUACAUCAACACGGUUUAUAAGCCCAUCAACAUCUAUGUGGCUUUGGUUGGCCUUGAAAUCUGGACAGAUGGGGACAAAUGCCCCCUGGGCCACGUUGCCAGCUUCACCCUGGACAGCUUCUCCAAGUGGCGCCUCUCGGACUUGCUGAAGAGGAAGAGGAACGACAACGCUCAGCUCCUCACAGGCUACGACUUUGAGGGCACAACCAUUGGCUUGGCCUUUCUGAAAUCCAUCUGCAGUGAGAUUUAUUCUGCAGGUAUUAUUCAGGACCACAACAGGAAUGAAAUUGCAGUUGCAGCUACCAUGGCCCAUGAGAUGGGACACAACCUUGGCAUGAGUCAUGACACCCAAGCCUGCACAUGUAGUGGUGUUGUCUGCAUCAUGACAGACACAGUCAGCUCUAUCAUCCCCAAGAGAUUCAGCUCUUGCAGCCUCCAGAGCUUUGAGACCUUCAUGAUGAGUAAGAUGCCUGCAUGCUUAACGAACAUCCCAGAGGUGAACAGCAUCGUCGCGCCCCCAACCUGCGGCAACCACUUCGUGGAGAAGGGAGAGGAAUGUGACUGUGGCACUCCUGAGGAGUGCACCAACAAGUGCUGUGACCCCAAGACCUGCAAACUGACAGCAGGAUCCAGCUGUGCACAAGGAGAGUGCUGUGAGAACUGCCAGUUCAGGAAGCCAGGAGUCAUCUGCAGAGCAGUGCAGCACGACUGUGACCUGGCUGAGAUGUGCACAGGCUCCUCUGCCAGCUGCCCUGCCGACCGCUUCCGCGUCAACGGCCACCCCUGCGGCUACGGCCAGGGCUACUGCUACAUGGGCAGCUGCCCCACCAGGGACAGCCAGUGCAAAGCUGCUUUUGGACCAGAGGCCACUGAAGGGGCAGCUUCCUGCUACCAGAUGAACGAGAGGGGAGUGUACUACGGCUACUGCCGCAAGGAGCAGGGCAGCCACGUCCCCUGCCAGAAGAAGGAUAUCAUGUGUGGAAAGUUGUUCUGCUCUGGGGGGGAGGAGAUGCCUCGUGAUGGCAGCUUGGUGAUUUUUCAUUCCUGCAAAGCAAGUUUUCCUCCAAGUGGAGUAGAUGACCCAGGGAUGAUUCUGGAUGGAACCAAGUGUGGCAAUGGGAUGGUGUGCAGCAAUGGAGAAUGUGUCUAUGCUGAAGAUGUCUUCAGGUCAACCAACUGCUCUGCCAAGUGCUCUGGCCAUGCUGUGUGUAACCACGAGCUGCAGUGCCAGUGUGAGGAAGGAUGGGCACCACCAACCUGUGACAGCUCAUCCACACUCAUCAGCUUUGCUGUUGUUGUUGGGGUGCUGGUUGUCCUUGCAGCCACAGCAACCACAGCUCUGCUGCUGAUCCGUUGCAGAGUGUUCCAGAAGAGCUGCCAGAGCAGGAGGGGACCUGGAGCCUCUAACCAAGUCUUUGUGGAUCAAGAAGAAAGACACAGAGAGCAGCCUGUGCUGGCAGUACCUGCCCAGAAGAUCAAUGAUAAGAAACUUCUCCUUCCCAUACCUCCACCACAGGAGACCAAACCACAGCUCCAGAGGCCUGCCAUGAGGCCCAAAGGUCCCCCACCUCCUGUUCCUUCUACCAAGCCAACUUCUUCUCACACAGUAGAGAUUUGUAUACCAGAGAGCAAGGCUGCUCCUCUCCCUGUUCCCAAGACUAAACCUCUACCUCCACCCCCACCAAAGGCUUUGAAACCUCCAACUAACCCCAGAGUAUGA